CAUGCGCUAUUCUGUCGCCCAAAAAAAAAAAAUACAAAUACCCAGCCCCGUUCAAGUUCGUUGCGGGUCCCGCGUAAAGAACUACAUUACCCAGAACCCUCCUCGUUCCGGACGCACGUUGACGUCAUCACGCAAGUGGAAGCCAAGUGGAGGCAGCAACAGCCGGCAGCCAUAUUGCUCAGUCAAGUCGGCUUCUGCACUUUGCUUGGGUGUCUUUUUUUUCCUCCCCCCUUAAAUCGCCUCCUUGCAUUUAAAAAAAAAAGAACACCACAAAUAUUCCACUUGAGAAACCCUCACACUUCUGCCGAGCCUGGACAGCACGUUGUCUCGGAUAAAAAAACAACAACAUAAUGAGUCCAACCGAUGCUAAACGAGGGGCUAAACGCAGGAAGAACAAGCGGGGCGGUGGCAGUAGCUGCAGUGCUGUCUGCAAUAGCAGCAACGGCGUCGGCAAGGCCGGCCUUCCCUCGGCCCUCGGCUGCGUUGGAGCUCCGACACCUGCCGGCUUCCUAACACCUGCCGGCGGAGGUAUCGUCAACGUGGGCUCCAUUAACGGAGAGCUUAAAGCAAACAGCAUCACGCCACAGUUCACAGAAGGACCGGUGAACGCUGACUUCUCUGGAGUUCUUCAGACUCCGUUCACGUUCGGCUUGAACCAGCGGGCUCCGUACACCGCCGGCGACCGCUGCCUCCUGUGCCGAUGCGAGCGCAGCAAAGACGCCCUCCGUCCAUCGGAGGCGGGCGGCCCCGACCAGAACGGCGUGUCGGAAGGCGGCCAGACGCCCAGCGCCCUCCAGCUGCCCCUGUGGGUGUGCUCUGACUGCAGACGCACCGUGGAGAAGGAGGACCGACACCCUGCGCUGGAGCAGUCGCUGGGGAGCCAGGACUUCCUUUUACACAUGCCCGUGGGUAACGGAAGCCUGGGCCAGGAUGCAGCUACAGGCGACAGACUAACCACCGGCGCACCCACCCUGCCCAUGCUCCCCGUGCCCGACCUCGCUGCGCCGAUCGCCGUCGACACGGCAUGCGGCUGCGAAGCAUGCAACGAGAGGCGAGAGAUCUCGGCUGAGUCAGAACGGGAGUCUCAGCAGCUGCAGAACCACUGGUCAGAGGUCCGCUACCUGGUCCGCUGCAUCUACCGCCAGGCUGGAACGCCGCUGGCAGAUGACCACGACCAGCCCCUGGAGAGGGACAAGGAGAGCAUGAAGGAGCUGGUAGACAGACUCUGUGAGAAGGACCCCUACCAACUGUACCAGCGUCUAGAGCAGCAGGCCCGCGAAUACGUGCUGGAGAUGAGAGUACGGCUCCUCAAGCACCUCACGGCGGGCUCCAAAACGCCGGGACCCGCCGCGCUGCCGCCUGCUUCCCCUGGUCCUCCUCAGGCCCACCAGUUCAUCUCCCUCCUCUUGGAGGAGUACAGCGCCCUCUGCCAGGCUGCCCACACCAUCAGCGGCUUCCUGCUCACCCUGGAGAAUGAGCACCUCCAGAAAUUCCAUGUGACGUGGGAGCUGCACAACAAGCACCUUUUCGAGAAUCUGGUCUUCUCGGAACCAAUCCUGCACAGCUGCUUGCCUGCACUGGUUGCAAAGCUGAAACAUGGCUCCACCUCCCACGACACGUACAACGAAGACAUGUAUGGGACCUUGUUGGUGAGCUACCAGCACCUGCAGCAGGAAAUGGCGUCUGUGGCCGCCCAAUGGCAGGACUGCGAGAAGAGGAUCGAUGACUAUGUCGACGAACAGUUACUCUUCAAAGUGGAAGGUCAGAGUUUCACCAACCAAAGAACGGAGUCGCAUAAGUCAUUAGUCGGCAAAAACACUUUAAAGACGAAGCAGCGAAUGCUAAAAGAAGACUGGGAGUUGUUCAAGCAGCGUCGAUACAGAGAAGAGCAGUUACCCAACAAUAAGAAGCUGGCGUGUGGAGACAACUUCACAGACACCAUGAGGAUGCUGUCGUCACGCCUGAGCAUUCCCGACUGUCCCAACUGUAAUUAUCGGAGAAGGUGCACGUGCGACGACUGCAGCCUCUCCCACAUCCUUACGUGCGGCAUCAUGGACUCGCCCAUCUCCGAGGACCUCCACAUCAAGCUGCCUCUGCAAGGGGAACCCUCCCAGGACUACAUGGCCGAGGUGCACCCGCCCAGCCUCUCCUCGGGCAGCUCGGCAUCGGGCUCCAACUCCAGCUCUCCCAUCACCAUCCAGCAGCAUCCCAGACUCCUCUUGCCCGCCGGGGAAAACAACACCUUCGUCAGCGAUGACGACGAAGUGCCUCCCAUGCCCACUAAGUUUGGGGACAUCUACCCAGUGUUACCAAUUGGCUACGAGGACAACCGUUUGACUGCAGUGAAUGGACACCGCGGCGACAUGAACGGGGGCGGAGUCAACAUGGCACAGAAGGCAGAGUCUCCUCGCGUUAGCAGCAGCAGUAGCUCGUCAGAGGGUGACGAGGAGGAGGGCAGACCGCAGGGGGAGCUUUCUUCUAGAAAGAUGAAUAGUCCGCCACCUUCUUACAACCACCAGCAGGUCCAGCAAGUCCAGCACGCCUGCGAGUGCCAUGUGUGCAACCAGGACCCCGCCGCCUGCGCCUUGGGGCCCGCCGCUUGCCUGCCCUCCAGCCGACUCCACUCGGCGCCGUCCCCCGAGGUCGGGCACCAGUUCUUCGUAGACAACAAAACGCCCCCCGCACACCCGGCCCUCCACCUCUAUCCGCACAUCCACGGCCACCUGCCGCUUCACAACUUCUCCCGGCCCCUGCUGCACCCAACGCUCUACCCCCCUAGCUCCUCCCCUCUCACGCACAACAAGCCCUUGCCUACAAACCCCACAACAAACCAUUCGGCGGCCAAGCAGCCGGCUUUCAGCCCCACGCUACCCGAGCACGUCUACCAGAACUGCUUCAAUGGCGGAGGCGAGGCCGGUAGUGCGGGCGACUGGAACAGCUCGCUGCAGUGCCUCUCGCUCAAGUUUGAGAACCUCUGGGACGCGGCCGUGAUGAAGAGCUGGAAUCCAUCUAUGCUGCUGCCCGAGUCGUUGCCAGGUGACAUGCUCGGGCCGCCCCUCGCCGACGUUCCGCUUCCCCCGACGCCUGCAGGCCCGCCGGCAGACCACCCCUCACUACCCAGCCCGGCGCCCCCUUCCUCGUCCUCGUCGCCCUACUUGUCGUUGUCCUCCUCGUCCUCGUGCUCCUCCUCGGGCGCCAAGGAGCAGAAGAAGAGCGGCGCCAAGAAGAAGUGUCUCUACAACUUCCAAGAUGCCUUCAUGGAGACCAACCGGGUGGCCAUGGCGACCUCGGCGUCCAUGUCGUCUGUGUCCUGCACUGCCACCACUGUCCAGUCAAGUAAUAACCUACCUAUCCACCUUGCACCUAAAAGUCCCAACUCUUUAGAUGACGUGUUUCACUGCUUGAGUAAAGAGGACCACAGGCAGGCCUCGCCAGUCGGCGCCCAAAACACCGCCACAGCGCUGAGUUCCCUCCCGCCACUCUCCGGCCCUUCCCUACCUCCAGCGCCCGCAGCUCACCUCCCCGCCAUGGGUCCACAGUCCUUUCCCAAAAUAGCCGCACCGGCCCCGGACCGGGGAGAGGCCCACCAGGGUCUGUGCCUCCCCCCGGCCGAGCCCUCCAUCUCCUCCUCGGCAGACUGUCCGCUCAGUGCCCCGCCCAGUGUCUGCAGUGAUCCUGAAUGCGAAGGCCACCGCUGUGAGGGGAGCAGAGCGUACGAGCACCCGCCGUACGACGGAGAGGAGAGCCAGGAUGAGGACAGCUGCUCGGAACACAGCUCCUCCACGUCCACGUCCACCAACCAGAAGGAAGGAAAAUACUGUGACUGCUGCUACUGCGAGUUCUUCGGGCAUGGCGGGCCUCCGGCGGCUCCGACGAGUCGAAACUAUGCAGAGAUGCGGGAGAAGCUGCGCUUGCGCCUGACAAAGCGCAAGGAGGAGCAACCAAAGCGGGAGGAGCAGCAGCCUGUGCUGGAGCGGGACAACGGAGUGGAGGACCACCGGCGAGUGGAGGACCUGCUGCAGUUCAUCAACAGCGCCGACAACAAACCCGCCACCAGUUCCAAAGCGGCCAAGCGGGCGAGGCAUAAACAAAAGAAGAUGGAGGAGAAGGCACGUCUGGAGGCCGAGGCCCGUGACCGAGAGGAGCUCGUGCUGCAAGAGGAGCAGCGGCGGCGGCAGGAAGAGGAAGAGGCGGCGCUUCAGCAGGAACUCCUGAGGCUGCAGCAGCUACAGCAACACUGCGCUACCAAGAAGAAAAAGAAAGACAAAGCCAAGGAGAACACGGCGCCCCCUCAGAACAACCCACAGCCCCUCAAGCAGACAGCCCAGAACGUCCUCGACCAUCUUCAGAACGUAAAGUCGCAGCUGCUCCAAAACCUCAUCUGCCUGCCGGACCAGAGGGAUGCCAGGUUUGAGCACAGCCCGAAACGCAGCAGCGAGAGAGGCUUCUGCGCUCAGGCCAACAACGCGGCCAACCUCCACCACCACAACGCCGACAUCAACAACAAAGUCAAGGCCAAGCAGGCGGCGAAAGUCAUCACGUGCGAGCCCCCGUUUAAGAAGGACCCGGAAUUACCCAAGAGCUCAGAGACGACGGUCAAGCUUGCCAACGGCGUCGCCUCCAGCGGCACAGCGGACACCAAAGCACCGCACACCAGGCCUGUUGAGGCGCCCGCUCAUCUGCCUCCUCCCCCUGCAACGACCAUCACGGAAGCACGCAGAGAGGAAAGGAACAACAGAAGUGCCAGCGGGAAGAGGCAGCAGCAAGCCAUGACGCACACCAAGGAAGAGCGGAGAAGUCCGCCCGUGUCCAACUCCUCGCCGUCACCUCCCCCUCCGAACCCCACCUCCCACUCUGAACAGACAGAGCAGAACGGUAAACCUCCCAGCGCCGAGUCCCCACAACCCAAAGGCAAAACAAAGAAGAACAAGAAGAAGAAGGGGGAGAAGAUGAACACCUCUAUAGAUGAUGUGUUCCUACCCAAAGACAUCGAUCUGGAUAGCACUGAAAUGGACGAGACGGAACGCGAAGUGGAAUAUUUCAAAAGGUUCUGCUUGGACUCUGCGCGGCAAACGCGUCAGCGGCUGUCCAUCAACUGGUCCAACUUUAGUCUGAAGAAGGCCACCUUUGCGGCGCACUGAGGUCGCCGAGCCAAGACGCGCGCGUGCACACAUGAAAACGGGCGCCUGGGCGUUCCUUUUCCCGCAACAACCCCCCCUCCCCCACCCCACGCCAACCCGACUGUUCGCUCCCGCUGUGCCCGAAUCACACCCGACGCUGCCUUGCUUCGUUUUCCUUGCCGCGCGGCUCCGACGGGACCCGUACGGACCUGCUGAACUAAGAACACAAAACGGGAAGAAUUGGAAAAAAAAAUGCCACUGUUGAAUAAAAUGUCCUGGCGUGCUUGUGA